AUUCUACUUCAGAUAUUGUGGUUCCUCAACUCCGCGGCGUAGAUCCGAGGAGUUUUUUUGGAAGAAGAAAAAAAAGCUGCAGUCUUUGAAAACCCUAAUUCUCAAAUCUUUCAGAUCUUUCUUUAACAAACUUCAAAUCGUUAUCAAUCAUGGCAGCAGAAGGUUCUCAGUUUGAUGCUCGUCAAUUUGAUGCGAAAAUGACAGAGCUGCUUGGUACUGAACAACAGGAAUUCUUCACAUCAUAUGAUGAGGUUCACGACAGUUUUGAUGCCAUGGGUUUGCAGGAAAAUCUGCUGAGGGGCAUCUAUGCGUAUGGUUUUGAGAAGCCAUCUGCUAUUCAGCAAAGGGGCAUUGUUCCUUUUUGCAAGGGCCUUGAUGUUAUCCAGCAGGCACAAUCUGGUACUGGAAAGACGGCAACUUUCUGCUCUGGAAUUCUCCAGCAGCUUGAUUACAGUUUAGUUGAGUGUCAGGCUCUGGUUCUUGCACCAACCCGCGAGCUUGCACAACAGAUUGAGAAAGUUAUGAGAGCACUUGGUGACUACCUCGGUGUGAAGGUUCAUGCUUGUGUUGGCGGUACCAGUGUCCGUGAGGAUCAGCGCAUCCUUCAGAGCGGUGUUCAUGUUGUGGUUGGUACUCCAGGCCGUGUCUUUGACAUGUUGCGCAGGCAGUCUCUUCGCCCCGACCACAUCAAGAUGUUUGUUUUGGAUGAAGCUGACGAAAUGCUCUCUAGAGGUUUCAAGGAUCAGAUUUAUGAUAUAUUCCAGCUUUUGCCACCAAAAAUCCAAGUGGGUGUUUUCUCUGCCACUAUGCCACCAGAGGCUCUUGAGAUUACUAGAAAGUUCAUGAACAAGCCCGUGAGAAUUCUCGUGAAGCGUGAUGAGCUCACUCUUGAAGGUAUUAAGCAGUUUUAUGUCAAUGUCGAUAAGGAAGAGUGGAAGCUCGAAACACUUUGUGAUCUUUACGAGACCUUGGCCAUCACCCAGAGCGUCAUCUUUGUUAACACUAGGCGAAAGGUUGACUGGCUCACUGAUAAAAUGCGUGGCCGUGAUCACACAGUAUCUGCAACUCACGGAGACAUGGAUCAGAACACUAGAGAUAUCAUUAUGAGGGAGUUCCGAUCUGGCUCAUCUCGUGUGCUUAUCACAACCGAUCUCCUUGCUCGUGGUAUUGAUGUCCAACAAGUCUCUCUUGUUAUUAACUACGACCUGCCAACUCAACCAGAAAACUACCUGCAUCGUAUUGGUCGUAGUGGACGAUUUGGAAGGAAGGGUGUUGCUAUCAACUUUGUCACCAAGGAUGACGAAAGGAUGCUUUUUGACAUACAGAAGUUUUACAACGUCGUAAUUGAGGAGCUCCCAGCCAAUGUUGCUGAUCUCCUUUAAGGCGAUUUUGGUAUAUUUUUUCUUAGAUUUAGUUUCAGUUUGUACUAGACUUGGAAUUAGGAAAUGCUGGUACCAUGGUUUGCCACAGCACCAGUUACUUUCCUGAUUCAAAUGAAACUUCUAGAGUCAACUUUUGCAAAUUUUGUUUGGUUUGUCAUUUUAUAUCUUAAAGCAUCCAAAUAACUUUGGAUUUGGUAUUGUUUGAAUUGUUUAAUUUAUCUUUUUCCCUAUGGAAGGUAAAGCUUUUAGUUGGA